UCCUGGUGAUGAUAUGGCAUCUGCCAGCUCCAGCCGGGCAGGAGUGGCCCUGCCCUUUGAGAAAUCUCAGCUUACUUUGAAAGUUGUAUCAGCAAAACCCAAGGUGCAUAACCGUCAACCCCGAAUUAACUCAUUUGUGGAAGUGGCUGUGGAUGGGCUCCCCAGUGAGACCAAGAAGACUGGGAAGCGAAUUGGCAGCUCGGAGCUUCUCUGGAAUGAGAUCAUCAUUUUGAAUGUCACGGCCCAGAGUCAUUUAGAUUUGAAGGUCUGGAGCUGCCAUACUUUGAGAAAUGAACUGCUAGGCACCGCCUCUGUCAACCUUUCCAAUGUCCUAAAGAACAAUGGGGGCAAAAUGGAGAACACACAGCUGACCCUGAACCUGCAGACGGAGAACAAAGGCGGUGUUGUCUCGGGUGGUGAGCUGACAAUUUUCCUGGACGGGCCAACUGUUGAUACGGGAAGCGUGCCUAAUGGCAGUGCCGUGACGGAGGGAUCACAGCCGCCUUCGAGAGAAUCCACUGGGACAGCUGUCGCCCCGGAGAACCGGCACCAGCCCCCCAGCACAAACUGCUUUGGUGGCAGAUCCCGGACGCACAGGCAUACAGGUGGUUCAGCCAGAACAACCACAGCAAGCAGCGAGCAAAGCCCAAGUACCAGCAACCGGCAUCGCCAGCCCAUCAAGAACCCAAGCCAUAGUGGCUUGGCCAAUGGCACAGUGAAUGAUGAUCCCACUGCAGUCACUGAUGCCGAAGAACCCUCAGUUGUUGGUGUGACGUCCCCGCCUGCCGCAGCAACAAGUGUGACCCCAAACCCCACCAUAUCCUCUCUCCCUGCUCUGACCACGCCAGCUGAAGGAGAAGUGCCCAGCACUUCAGGCACCCAGCAACCCCCUGCAACUGUGCAGGCUCCUGAUGCUCUGCCUUCUGGAUGGGAGCAGCGGGAACUGCCCAAUGGGCGUGUCUAUUAUGUUGACCACAACACCAAGACCACCACCUGGGAGCGGCCUCUUCCUCCAGGCUGGGAGAAACGCACAGACCCCCGAGGCAGGUUUUAUUAUGUGGACCACAACACUCGGACCACCACGUGGCAGCGCCCCACAGCUGAGUACGUGCGCAACUAUGAGCAGUGGCAGUCACAGCGGAAUCAGCUCCAAGGGGCCAUGCAGCACUUCAGCCAAAGAUUCCUCUACCAGUCUUCAAGUACUUCCACUGACCAUGAUCCACUGGGUCCUCUCCCUCCUGGCUGGGAGAAGAGACAGGACAAUGGACGGGUGUAUUACGUGAACCAUAACACACGUACCACCCAGUGGGAGGACCCUCGGACUCAGGGGAUGAUCCAGGAACCUGCACUGCCACCAGGGUGGGAGAUGAAAUACACCAGUGAGGGGGUGCGCUACUUCGUGGACCACAAUACCCGUACUACCACCUUUAAGGACCCUCGUCCUGGGUUUGAGUCCGGGACGAAGCAGGGUUCCCCCGGUGCCUAUGACAGAAGCUUUCGGUGGAAGUAUCACCAGUUCCGUUUCCUCUGCCAUUCCAAUGCCCUCCCUAGCCAUGUGAAGAUCAGUGUUUCCAGACAGACGCUUUUUGAGGAUUCUUUCCAACAGAUCAUGAACAUGAAACCCUACGACCUGCGCCGACGGCUCUACAUCAUCAUGCGCGGCGAGGAGGGCCUGGACUACGGGGGCAUCGCCAGAGAGUGGUUUUUCCUCCUAUCCCACGAGGUGCUCAACCCCAUGUAUUGUUUAUUUGAAUACGCCGGGAAGAACAAUUACUGCCUACAGAUCAACCCUGCCUCCUCCAUCAAUCCUGACCACCUCACCUACUUCCGUUUUAUUGGCAGGUUCAUCGCCAUGGCCUUGUACCAUGGAAAAUUCAUUGACACAGGCUUCACGCUCCCUUUCUACAAGCGGAUGCUCAACAAGAGACCAACCCUGAAAGACUUGGAAUCCAUCGACCCUGAAUUCUAUAACUCUAUUGUCUGGAUCAAAGAGAAUAGCCUAGAAGAGUGUGGCCUAGAGCUGUACUUCAUCCAGGACAUGGAGAUCUUGGGCAAGGUGACCACCCACGAGCUGAAGGAAGGCGGUGAAAGCAUCCGAGUAACAGAGGAGAACAAGGAAGAAUACAUCAUGCUGCUGACAGACUGGCGCUUCACCCGGGGCGUGGAAGAGCAGACCAAAGCCUUCCUGGAUGGCUUCAAUGAGGUCGCCCCCCUGGAGUGGUUGCGCUACUUCGAUGAGAAAGAACUGGAGCUGAUGCUGUGCGGCAUGCAGGAGAUAGACAUGAGCGACUGGCAGAAGAACACCAUCUACCGGCACUACACCAAAAACAGCAAGCAGAUCCAGUGGUUCUGGCAGGUGGUGAAGGAGAUGGAUAAUGAGAAGAGGAUCCGGCUGCUCCAAUUUGUUACAGGGACCUGCCGCCUGCCUGUUGGGGGAUUUGCCGAACUCAUUGGCAGCAACGGACCACAGAAGUUUUGCAUCGACAAGGUUGGCAAGGAAACAUGGCUGCCCAGAAGCCACACCUGUUUCAACCGUCUGGAUCUCCCACCAUACAAGAGCUACGAACAGCUGAAGGAGAAGCUGCUCUAUGCCAUUGAGGAGACUGAGGGCUUUGGGCAAGAGUAACUGAGGCUACCAACUCCCUCAUCCCCCAGAGCACAUGUAGUCCUCCCUGCCUGAGAGGCCGCUGGCCAUGCAGCCCCUGGGAGGCCCUCACAGAGGGUAGCUGUGUGGGGGACCAUGCUGUCUUCACCCCGGUGACAGCAGAGCCUGACCAGGAGGCCCUGCCACCCCCACUGUCCUCCCACUGGUGGCAGUCUGGAAUAAAUCCCCCUGGCUCCCUUUGGCCCUAUCAGCCCUUGCAAAUUCUAGAGGGCUGACCUCUGCAAAUCUCAUCCUUUUCCCCUCAGAGCAACCCUAGGUAUGUGUGAGGGGGCAGGAGAGGGCAUCUGCUGCCAAAGGGCUACAGUGGAAGCUCUGGGCCUCACCAGCUACCUAGGAAGAUGGAGCACAGCCUCUUGGGCUGAGAAUGCCCACGCUUUGCCAGUAAAAGAGGUUGUUUUAACUAGAACUUUCCAAGUGAUCUGUAUGAAAAGAAGAUCUGAGGGGAGAGAACCUCUUCUAGCCUCCCUGCCUAGCAAGCACCAUGGAGGAGGCUGAGCCACAAGACCCACCAUCCCCACUCAGUGCUGCCAGUUAGAUCUUCCCAGCAAACACAGGAUUGUACCAACAGCUUGAGUGUUCAUGGGAUGGAAACAGCCAGCUCCUCAAGCUUUCUUUUUCCUUGACAUAAACUUGAAGCAUUUCUUGUGUAGGGUUACUUUUUGUUUUGUUGUUGGUAUGCUGCUGUUACUUUCUCUCAAGGAGCCGGGACACCGGGGCUUGCUGGGACCUUGAGGGGACCCAGCACCUUUGGUCCAAGAAUUUCCUCUUAGGAACCUGCUUUGCAGUUCUGAGCUUAGGCAGGCCCGAUGCAGCAUCACAGCAGCCUGAUUCCUGAGCCUUGGUGGAGAGGGGAGGGGGUGGUGUGUCCAGUGAUACCCAACCUUGUGACCUCCAAAAUAAAAGAACUCCUUUUGCUAGAUAUAGUCACCCAGACAGCCCUAAGUGAUGGGCCCUAUGAGGCUGUCUCCCACCAGCCCCUGAGCUCCAGGUGGGCCUGCUAGUCCAUGGUGGAAAAGCGGUGUGUCCCAGUCACUCUAGAGUUGCUAGGUCCUCUCCACAGGACCCCCAGGCAGGCCCUUGGACCCUCACAGCCUGCUAAGGAAAGUCUCAAGUUCCUGCUCCUCAUCCUUCUCCCCCAGGCCCUUGGAGGGAUGGCUGUCUGCUGUUGUGUGUGCUGAUUUGGGUGGCUCUGCUCACUGAAGCACCACCAUUUUCCCCCCCUCCAGUUGUUUGCUGUGCUUCUCUGCAGCUUCCCACCACGUGGGGGUGUCGGGGUAUGAGCUGCCAUGCAGGGAUGUGGAGGCCCACGGGUGUUUAGAAUGUGUCUCUGUGUGUGUACAUACAUGUAUAUAACGGAGGUGUCUGUACGGAAUGCCCUCUGGUAGCUCCCAGUUGGUCACCAGAUUGUUUUGUAAUGCCCAUCCCCUCGCCUUGAUAUUGCCAGUUUCUUGUGCAAUAAACAAUCAGCAGCU